AUGUGGAAUUUGUCGAUCUGUGUGGUUAAGAGUUUCUGGGGAAUGCCUAAAGUGGAAUAUCUCGGACAUAGGGUCUCGCACAAUGGACUGGAGGCGAACCCGAAAGAUCUGUCUGCAUUGACGGAUCUAGCAUAUCCAGGAUCACUCAGAGCUAUGCAGUUAUUUUUGGGAAGUCUGAACUAUUAUAGCCGAUUUAUCGAAGACUACGCGAUCUACGCGUCAGUUCUGUAUGUAUUGCGAGAAAUCGACUUUGUGCGAUGA